AUUGCCCGGUGGGCAAAUUUAGACAAUCCCAACCUGAAGCAUUCACUAAUACGCAGCGGCAUACUACCCAGCCGACCACCCGGCCGACCGAGAAGCUGAUGGCCUCGGGUAGGCUUUGGCGUUGACUCCACCUUGCAGGGCAUGUCCAAUGGCACACACUUUGAGCGACGGGAGCCUGAACCUGAAGCUGACCCUAAACCCAGGCGUGGUGGGCUGAUGGAGACUAAGAUCGAUCUGCUUAUAGUGUUGGUCAUAACCAUCACUGUAUCUGAGACUCUGAAAGCCAUCUAUGGCUUGCUUGUUGAAUCUAAGACCUCAGCCCGGCGUUCAAUAACUGAUUUCCCUACCGCAAAGCUGACACCGAAAACUGUCCAAGGCCACACCCUUCGGAGACAAUACGAGUGCGGUGGUGGUUGUAGAGACUCCAUAUUGACCAAUUCUAUUCUUAGCAGCACCAAGCGGCGAUGGAUGUUGGACGGUCGGUUGAGUCGAGAUAGCCUACUGGCCAAUGCUUCUCUCAGCACAUGCAUAUCGAAUGAUGCUCCUCCUCCACACGGCUCACUUUACAAGCCGCCAAUACACGAUCCCCACCACGGCAGAGAAAAGACAGAGAAUACAACCCGCUCGUAUUCUGGAGCUGUGGGAUGAAUGCAGCUUUGCUACACAAGGAACUACGCUGAGACGCAUGAUGAGCUGGCAGCGAGCUUUGUAUGUUCCCUUGCGCCCACAUCGACCCAUGCCUAUUUAUUUUUUACGGUAGCAAUAUUGGCCUGUUGAUGCUACCCUCCACCGCAGAGCUAACAAAUAGCAAAGACGCCGCUUGAUAUUGCUUUUGACGCAGCUAGAAGUGACAGAAAAAUCACUGAUUCUGAUAGACCAAUGAUACAGCGUUCUUGUUUUA